CUUUGUGAAAAGAAAAGCGUGAGCUUAGCACUUGCGUUCCCAUAUUAUUAGCAUGGCUGAUGUAAAGCAGAUUUUGGGCGAUCUAAAUGAGGAUUCAUUCGUAACUCUUUUGAAGAAACUGAUCGGCGAGUCGAAAUAUGUACAGAACAACCCACCGGAGCUUAUCCCGGAGGAAGACAGGAAUGUGAAACAUGUUCUUGAUAUCCUUAAUCCAUUUAGCACCAACAAUGGCGGACCACUGAUCAUCAAUCAUAUUGUUUAUACUCCUAAUAGGGGUAAUCUUAUUGUGGAGUAUCCUGGUACUGACCCAAAAAAAGUUGUAUCUUUUGUUGGAAUGCAUCUGGAUGUGGUUACUGCCAAUCCUGAUGAAUGGAAAUUUGAUCCGUUUUCAUUGAGCAUCGAUGAUGAUAAACUUCAAGGACGUGGAACUACUGACUGUUUAGGUCAUGUGGCUCUUGUUACCGAGCUUAUGAAGAGGUUGGGAGAGACAAAGCCAAAAUUGAAAUCGACAGUGAUUGCUAUUUUCAUAGCGAGUGAAGAGAACUCAUCUAUCCCUGGAAUUGGUGUGGAUGCAUUAUAUAGGGAUGGAUGGUUUGAUAAUUUAAAGCAAGGCCCUUUAUUCUGGAUUGACGCAGCGGAUAAACAACCAUGCAUUGGUACUGGUGGAACUAUACCGUGGAAACUUGAGGUAAUCGGAAAGGGUUUCCACAGUGGUCUCCCCAACAAGGCUAUCAAUGCUUUGGAACUUGCUAUGGAUGCACUGAAAGAAAUUCAGUCCCGCUUCUAUAGAGAUUUCCCUCCCCAUCCAAAAGAACAAGUCUAUAAAUUUGAGACACCAUCCACCAUGAAACCAACUCAGUGGUUUUAUCCGGGGGGUGGAAUCAACCAAAUUCCUGGUGAGUGCACUGUGUCUGGAGAUGUUAGGUUGACUCCAUUUUACAAUGUAUCAGAUGUUAUAAAGAAAUUACAAGAAUAUGUUGAUGACUUGAAUGCCAAUAUCGAAAAACUUGAUACUCGAGGCCCUGUUUCAAAAUAUGUUCUCCCAGAUGAGAACCUAAGGGGAAGAAUGACUAUAACUUUUGACGAAACUUCAUCUGGCGUUGCUUGUGAUCUCAAUUCUCUGGGGUAUAAAGUACUAUCCAAAGCUACCGAAGAGGUAGUUGGUUAUUUAGAACCAUAUUCUAUAACCGGUAGUUUGCCAUUGAUAAGAGAUCUCCAGGACAUAGGUUAUGAUGUUCAAUCUACUGGCUACGGCAUAAUGGAUACAUACCAUGCAAAUAAUGAAUAUUGUCUACUGUCUGAUAUGUCCCAAGGUUACCUGGUCUUUGCAAGCAUCAUCGCACAGUUGGAAUAUAUAUGAGGUUCGAACGAAUAUCAACAUCCAGAUCGUUCCAACAGCCAACUCAAUAGCAUUUUGGUGAAUCUUUGUCUUUUGAGGACAAUCUCUUUGUUUUGUUUCAGUUGUUUAUGUCUUUUGUUUAGACAACUAGAGUUAGUUGGGGGCUUGUCCCAACAACUCAUCUUAAUAAAGG